UCAAAUUUUGAAAAGAAAAAGAGAGGGGAGUUUAAUAUGGUAUUUAUUUGUUGUAUAAUAACUGUAAUUUUUCUUUUUAUUUUUAUUUGUAAGAAUUUUAAAUAAUCUGAUGUGCCUUACGACAGUACCGAGUUACGAAUGGGGUUCGAAUAACCGAAUUGCUAGCUGCAUACGUGUACGGCAAACCCCACGCCAACUAGAUGGAAUAAAGUUAGAUUUGAUCAAAACGACGCCGGCGGAUUCGCAUCCUGGGAAACAUCCUUCUGUUAGGUGGGUACGCCCCCAUGUUUUCCUUUGCCGUUGGCGGUGUGCCGUGGCGAAAAUUAACUCGGUGUGGCUAAGAAAUUUUUGGUCGAAUUGUAUCGACGUGUUGUACACUUUAUAUGGUCGGAGACUAAGUUACGUCAUUUUCAACCAAUCUAGUAGACCCUUUUACUCUACGAGUAACGUAUUUAACCACGUGUUGUGACCUUCUAAAUUGGACAAAAUGGGUGUUGGUUGCAGUGAUCUGUAAUCCUUGCACUUCAGAUUCUACUUUUUGGUUUUGUUGGUGUCCAGCCCCAUUGAUACUGCUGCCGCCUGUGAUCUGAAUCAUCGAGUACAGAAUAUCCUUAAAGUCUAUCUAUUGGCAAUAGAAUUAAGAUUUUGGACAAUAUAACAUCCUUUUUUAUGGGUAUUCAACUGAAGGCUGAAGGUGGAUGAAGUCAAAGAAGUCAGAGGUCUAUCAGUUUCAUGCGGAGGACUUUAGCAGAGUGAUGGGAUGGACCCAAAAGUUUCUAGUGGUAGCCAUGGCUACUUGCAAUCACCUGAACAUUCUGCUCAACUUUCGCCGACUUGGACGCAUCUACGAGGGUAUUGCGAGUCUGGAACUGGAUGUUGAUUAUGCUGCGAAGGAUUUCAGAGCACGAAGAUAUUGGUGGAGCUUUCGAUUCCGACUGGCCCUAUACAUUGGAGGGUGGAUGGUCCUGAUCAUAAGCCUUGUUCCACGCCUCACCGUUCGGCGAUUGGCGUUUUUUCUGCACUGGGCAAAUAAACUGGUCACCGAGAUCAUCCUGAUUAUGUUGCAACUCAAAUGCACCGAGUAUUGCGUGUUCGUUCUCCUGAUCUAUGAGCUGGUUCUCCGGUUGCGUCACAACCUUCAGCAAAUCCAUGAAGAACUGCAGGAGUGCAGCUGCGGGAACAGGAUGCAGGAGCUCUGCGUGGCUCUGAAAAGCAAUCAGCUACUGGUGGGUCGGAUUUGGGAGUUGGUGGGUGAGAUUGGCCACUAUUUCGUUCUUUCCAUAUCGCUGCUAUUCUUCUUCAAUUGUCUGACCAUCAUGCACGUGGUCAACUGGGCGCUCAUAAAAUCUUUCAAUCCGAACGAUUGCUGUCAGUAUUCACGGCUUGGUUUUACUCUUCUACUAUCGAGUACAAUAUUCCUGGCCUGUUUUUAUAGUGAAUUCUGCAUUCGAGCGUAUAAUGGCAUCCCAAGAAUUCUCCACCAAAUCAAUUGCCUGCCUGCAGCCGAGGACUUUCAAAUGCUAAAAAUGGGUCUAAGGGAAUACUCCCUACAAAUGCAACAUUUGAGACUUUCUUUCAGAUGCGGUGGAUUCUUCAACAUAAAUCUGAAGUACUUUGGAGGGGUGGUGGUCACCAUAUUUGGCUACUUAAUCAUACUCGUGCAGUUCAAAAUUCAAGUUUUUUCCGAAACAAAAUACUUUGAAAGUAAUAACAUAACCGAAAUGACAUAUUAAACGUUCAAUCCAAUU